AUGGGAAACACCACCUCUGCUCAUGACUCCUGCUCUAGCAGCAGCAGCAGCAGCGAAGACGAGGGCUGCGAAGUUGAGGGCUCAGCAGCACUUCAUGCCUCUGCUGCUGCAGCCUACUCGCCUUCCCCCCUGCAGCAGCAGCAGCAGCAGCAGCAGCAGCAGCAGCACGAACCCUCCGAUGCUGAUUUCUAUGAUGCCUACUCGGAUGGUGAGGCCUCGCCUUUGGAGGGCCCUGCUUAUCUGUCUAGACACUCGGCAGUGCAGCAGCAGCAGCAGCUUUCGCUGCAGCAGCAACUGCAGCACCAACUGCAGCAUCGACUGCAGCAGCAUCUGCAGCAGCAGCACAGUUCCUGCAGCAGCAGCAGACGAGAAUCUGCAUGGCACUCAACAAGCAGCCUCGCCUCGCUGCAGCAGGAGGCUGCGCUUCGUGUGGCGGAGACUGCAGCAACAGCAGCAGUUGCUGCUGUUGCUGCUGCUACACAAACUCACGAGAUCUUUGCUGCAGUACGCGGGCAGCCCCUCACCUGCUGCCGCCACAAGAGGCACCGCUGCUGCAGCAGCAGCAGCAGCAGCAGCCAUGUCGUAGCUCUUCGUUCACGACACAAGAAGCGUAGGCUGCUUGCGCAACAGCAGCAGCAGCAGCACCCAUAUGCUGCACCAAUUGCCUCCAAGCACUGCAGCAGCAGCAGCAGCAGCAAAUCCCCUGCGGGACAUUCGCCGACCCCCCCGAGCAGCACUAGCAGCAGCCGCAGCAGCAGGCUCAGCAGCAGCAGCAGUAGUAGUAGCAGCAGCAGCAGCAGCAGACUCAGCAGCAGCAGCGGCAACAAGCUAAAUUUUGUACGCGAUGUGCCUCGCCACCAUCAACAAGAGCAGCAGCAGCAAUACCAGGCAAAGCCGCAGCAGCAGCAGCAGCAGCAGCUCAGCAGCAGCAGCUGCCGGCAUAGUCUCUACAGCAGAGGAGCAGCAGCAGCUGCUGCUGCUCCAAUGCCCAUAGCUGCACCACCAGGGCCCGCACCUGCUGCUGCUGCUGCUGCGGGUACUUUAUCUGCUGCUGCUCGUGGGCCUGCAGCAGCAGCAGCAGCAGCAGCAGCACCGGCCACAGCAGCAGGGCCUCUCCAGCAACGCAGCAAAUGCUCCCCUGUCUCCUCGCAGCAAACCGAUUAUGGCUCCAAGCAGCAGCAGCAGCAGCAGCAGCAGCAACCGCAGCAGCAGCAGCAGCAACAACAGCAGCAGCAGCAACAACAACAACAAGAGCGUAAGACCGACUGCCCCGAGCAGCACGACUCGGAGGGGCGCCAUCAGCAGCAGCAGCAGCAGCAGCAGCGGCAGCAAAAAGAAGAAGGCAUCGGGAUGCGCCCUGUGCCUCAGCGUUUGCUGCUGCAGGAACUGCAGCAGCUGCCGCUGCAGCGUCGCUGCUGUUUACUCGCACAAUCUGUCUAUGACAAUUCAGUCGAUGCUGUUUUGCUGCAGCAGCAGCACAGCAGCAGCAACAUCUCCUGCUUCUGCUUCUGCAGCGUGAGGCCGGCUCGCACUCAGUUUUAUUCAUAUGUUGUUUAG